GAUGUUGAGCGGUUCCAGCAAGGAGAGUGGGAGGCAGCGGUUACAGAGCGGAGACGGGAAUCAGACGAAAUCCUGCCGUUGUGGAGAGGAGGGCCGAUUUGGGCAGGGGGUCACAGCUGGGCUGUUGAUAAGCUGCUCGGCGUGAGUGUCUAUAAACCGAAGAAAGAAUGAGAAGCACGGCAAUUAUUUCGUGUGUUAUAAUUGACUGGGAAAUGCAGAUCAGAUAGCUAUUGAAGACUUGAUAAUUAGACGUAGUAAUGUAAGACACUUUAAGGUGUGGCUGAUGUCAAAGUGCAAUGACCCACAUUUAAUACACGAACGCGUCGCGCCCUGCCUCGUCCACUUUGGACGCGACUGGAGUACUCGACCUCUAAACAUUCGCCUCACCGCACUCAACGUCAAGCCAUUCUUUAAAGCUGCAAGCAUGGUCCGCGGAGUUGAGGGAAACGAAAUGUCGACACCGCGUCCCUCACAGAAGAAGCAGCCCGCAACAGGCUCACAAUCGGCGAAGAACCAAAAGUCCAUUCUCGGGUUCUUCCAGAAGAAGUCGACCAAUUCACCCAGCCCUGCACCAUCUCAAUCCACACCAGCAAAGCAGACACCCACGCCUACACUAUCGAAAAAAUCCUUCCCUCGCCAACCCCCGUCUCUCACGCCCGUACCCAGCAGCGAUGCACCCGAGCCUUCGAGUCCAAUCCGGGGGCAAGAUGAAGACACCCCCAACGCAGGAAGAAACAAGGAGAAUGGUCUGCCUUCACGCAUUUCUACUCCAGACCCAGGAGCUGACGGUGUUGCCUCAGAGUUUGCAGGCGUCGCUCUUAGCAGUCCGUCACGCAAGGGCAGGAGAGCAGUCAACUACGCCGAAUCGGACGAGGAUGAUGAUGAUGUACUCGGACCCAUUGCGAACAACUCGAGGGCAAGGGCGAUCAAACGGCAAAGAGUGAGCAUCGAAGACGAAUCAGACGAUGAAUUUGGUUUAGACGCUGCGACCCAGCAGGCUAUGGUUCAAGAUGACAUUGACGAUUUUAUCGCUCCUGAUGACUCUGAAGAGGAGGUUGUCUCGAAGAAACGGAAGCGACCGUCGUCCUCGAAGCCUAGUACGAAGGCCACACCAGCAUCUUCUCCUCCACCGGUUCGAGUCUAUAAAGAAGAAGAGGACGAAGUCGAUACUACCAUGACGGGUACCUCAACAGCCCAGCAAUGGGUGUACGACCCUGAGAACCCUUUGCAGCCGAAGCCUCGCCCAGCAACCCAAGACACAAAGAAAAAGCCCAAGCUGAAGGAGAGACCAUCUGCUUCCGAGCCCGAGAAACGAUACUCGUGGCUAGCGAACAUGCAGGAUGCUGACCGGAACCCCCCCGACCACCCUGACUACGACCCACGCACACUGUACAUCCCACCUCAAGCCAUGAGUAAUUUCUCGCCGUUUGAGAGGCAAUACUGGGAGAUCAAGUGCAAGUUCUGGGACUCGAUCGUGUUCUUCAAGAAGGGGAAAUUUUACGAGCUCUAUGAGAAAGACGCAUCGGUGGGCCACCAGCUCUUUGAUCUCAAGCUUACUGAUCGAGUCAAUAUGAGAAUGGUCGGUGUACCAGAAGCCUCACUAGACAUGUGGGCCAGCCAAUUCGUCGCGAAGGGCUUCAAGGUUGCUCGGGUCGAUCAGAUGGAAUCAGCUCUGGCCAAGGAGAUGCGCGAGCGCGACGGCGUGAAGAAACCGGCCAAGAAAGGGGACAACAUCAUUAGGCGCGAGUUGGCAUCUGUUCUCACCUCUGGCACCCUGGUGGAUACAGGCAUGCUUCAAAAUGACAUGUCGACCUACUGCAUGGCUGUGAAGGAGAUUGAGCGCGAUAGUUGUCCUGCGUUUGGAAUCGCCUUCGUCGACACAGCAACCGCCCAGUUCCAGUUUUGCGAGUUCACUGACGACGUUGACUUGACCAAGUUCGAAACACUUAUUGCUCAGAUGCGGCCUGGCGAGUUGCUCGUCGAAAAGUCUUGCAUCUCUGCAAAGGCUCUGCGGAUUCUCAAGAACAACACGGCGCCGACAACUCUCUGGAACUGGUUGAAGCCCACGAAAGAGUUCUGGCCUGCAGAUAUAACCAUGCGUGAGAUCGAGGUCAACAAUUACUUUCAAUCGCCGACGGAGGACAAUAUCACAGCUUGGCCGCCUGUCCUUCGUGAAGCACGACAGCAAGAGCUUGUCAUGUCAGCGUUUGGUGCGCUUCUGCAAUAUCUCCGUACUUUGAAGAUCGAGCGCGACCUUGUAACACUGGGCAACUUCCAGUGGUACGACCCUAUCCGGAAAGCCACCAGCCUGGUUCUUGAUGGGCAAAGCUUGAUCAACCUCGAGAUAUUCGCCAAUACAUUCGAUGGGUCGGCAGAGGGCACAUUGUUUGCUAUGUUGAACCGAUGUAUCACACCAUUCGGCAAGCGGCUACUAAGGCAAUGGGUGUGUCAUCCUCUGGCAGAUGCAAAGAAGAUCAAUGCUCGUCUUGAUGCUGUCGAUGCUCUCAACGCAGACUCUACAAUCAUGGAUAAUUUCAGUUCCUCGCUUAGCAAGCUACCUGACCUCGAGCGACUCAUCUCGCGCGUCCAUGCUGGUCGCUGCAAAGCCCAAGACUUUCUCAAGGUCCUCGAAGGCUUCGAGCAGAUCGAGUACACCAUCAGCCUGCUCAAGCAAUUCGGCGACGGCGAAGGUGUUAUUGGGCAACUGAUUGCAUCAAUGCCGGACCUCGCUGGCGCUCUGGAACCAUGGAAAACAGCAUUCGACCGCAGCGUGGCAAGGUCAGAUGGUACACUUGUACCAGCGUCUGGUGUUGAAGAGGACUACGAUGAGAGUCAGCAGGCUGUUGACGAAUGCCUUGCUGAUCUCGACACACUGCUCAAGAAGGUUCGCAAGGACCUAGGCAACAACUCUAUUUGCUACCGCGACAACGGCAAGGAGAUCUACCAACUCGAAGUACCGAAGAAGACGAGAGUGCCCAAUACCUGGGAUCAGAUGUCGGCAACUGUAAAAGUUACUCGGUACUACUCCCCCGAGCUGCGAAAGCUGGUUCGGGCUCUGCAGGAGGCUACAGAGACACACGGUCAAAUCACGAAAGAGGUCGCCACUCGCUUCUGUGCGAAGUUUGAUGAAGACUACGUGAUCUGGCUUGCUGCUGUUAAGAUAAUUGCGCAACUUGACUGCCUCAUCAGUCUGGCUAAAGCGUCUGCCUCGCUUGGUGAACCGAGUUGUCGACCGGUUUUCACAGAAGACAAGCGCUCAGUCAUCGAGUUGGAGGAGCUGCGCCACCCAUGCAUGCUCAACACGGUCGACGACUUCAUCCCCAAUGACAUCAGACUGGGUGGUGAUUCGGCGAACAUCAGUCUGUUGACUGGCGCCAACGCGGCUGGUAAGUCGACAAUUCUGAGAAUGACAUGUAUCGCAGUCAUACUUGCUCAGGUCGGUUGUUACCUGCCUUGCACGUCCGCGAAGCUCACACCUGUCGACCGCAUCAUGUCCCGCCUUGGAGCUAAUGACAACAUCUUUGCAUCCCAGUCCACGUUCUUCGUCGAGUUGUCUGAGACCCAGAAAAUUCUCUCCGAGGCAACACCACGCUCGCUUGUCAUCCUCGACGAGCUUGGCCGUGGUACUUCUUCCUAUGAUGGCGUUGCAGUGGCGCAGGCAGUCCUGCACGACAUCAGCACACGCGUCGGCUGCGUUGGUUUCUUUGCUACACACUACCGCUCCCUUGCCAAGGAGUUCGAAGCACACCCCGAAGUGAUCAACAAACGUAUGCGUAUUCAUGUCGACGGUGACUCGAAGUCAAUCACUUUCUUGUACAAGCUUGAGGAAGGCGUUGCAGAAGGCAGUUUCGGAAUGCAUUGUGCAGCUAUGUGCGGUAUCCCGAACAAAAUUAUCGAGAACGCUGAGAAGGCCGCUCGCGAGUGGGAGCAUACGUCCAGGCUCGGCGAACGAAUGGAAGUGAAGAAGGAGGAGGGUGGUGUUUAUGUGCCUAUGGGCCUGCAGAGUGACGUGGCAUGGACCCUUCGUGAGGGCCUCGAGGGCAUUGGUGAUCGCACUCUGGAUGUACUGCUGGAGGCUAUCGCUGCCCUGUGAACACUGUCACGUUUCGGAUGUUAUAUGAGAUGAGUGUGAUCAGAUUCCAUCACACUUCACGGUAUGUAGGCACGUUGGCGUUCUGGCAUGUAUUACUGGGAUGUAUUUAUAUAUACAGCGUCGCACCGCUAUCGA